CGUACUUCAAGAAGAUCCACGGCAAUGGACGCACAACUUGAAGACGAAACGCCCUCAAAGGGUUGUAUUACCGUGUGCUUUGAACGCAUAUUUCAAAAGUUGAUUGAGUGCACACCAAAAUACAUGUACUUCAUCUUGGCAGCUGAUGGUUGAACUGUAGGGAAAUCACCUUCGUUUUGUUUUUUGUUUAAUUUGCGUUCAAAGAAACCUUUGGAACUGUAUUCGGCGCUGGCGUCUGAACUGUACAACAAAAAUCGCUAUCAAAAAUGGCCUUACGACUUCACAACACCAGACUAGUUGAUGGCGGAAUCUGUUGUUUUAAUUUUAUCUUUGAGGAGUUUUCCAGUAUUGGAGAGAAAGUCUACUCAAGGCCUUUCUUUUUUGCCGGCUCUCGAUGGCGUUUACAAGGUGGAGUGAAAGGAGGACAGUUUGGUGUAUUUCUCCGCUGGCUUGGAGGUGGGCAGCAUACUGAUAAAGUUAAAUGCAAUAUCCGUUUCUCUGUGGAAGUUAUCAACAACAGAGACCCUUCAAGCUCUGUACGGGUUGGAAAUAUGACAGAACCAGAUGAGUUCCCAAGAGUAGCCUUCGGCAUCGGCUGGAGCAAGUUACUGUCUGUGGAGGAAAUCGAGAGGCCCAAUUCGGGCUUUCUGGACGAUAACUCUUUGUUCCUGGAAGUCAAAUGUUGCAUGGUGCACUUUUUAUUUGAGGAUAAGCUGGUGAUUAAUUUGUCAUCUCGUACUAGUUACGUGUCCAGUUCAAAGUUUUCUCUGUUCGGCGAAGAAUGGUACCUUGUAUUGUAUCCUAGAGGAGAACCCAAGAGUGACAAUUCUGAAAGCCAAAAACAAGAGCACGCUGCCGUGUAUCUUCACAGAGAAGAACCAGGCGUGUUAAGAUUCAAGGCCACUUACUCCAUAUUUGUGCGAGGAGGCCGCGAGACGCAAGUCAGUCAUCAUUUCUGCAACAACAACGCCAGCACAGCAUUUGGCAUUGAGAAGUUUGCACGCACCAAAGAUCUUAAGGCUGUCUCCAAAGGAGGCUUGGUUUCCAUUGGGGUCAAAAUCACCAGCAUCGAGCCUUACUAUUACUUUGGGUUUGACACACAGGGUUGGUCGCCUCCCAACAAACUUGGAGAAGGAUGUUCUAUAAAUGACGUGUUCCCUUUGUUGCUAAAGCCGUGCUCGAAUGACAAGAAAAUGUUGGAUUUUAGUCUGAUGUUGGACCCUGGGCCAAAAUUUGAACAUGCAGAACUGGAGGAUAGUGCUUACUACAUGAAGAUCCUUUGGAGUGUCAAUGUGGUGUGUGUUAAAGAUUUUAACAGAAGUGUAACCGUCAACUCUUGGGAUGUCGUUGGUAAGAGCGCUUUCUGUCACAGCCAGGAUGAAAUGACAAUGAAUACAACUCUGGAGCUAAACGAGGUGUUGAACCCGCAUAGCCCCUACUUGGAUGACGAGAAGAAUUUGGGAGUUCGCCUUGUCAUGGCAAAUGCAAAUGAAGUUUAUGAUCCACUCCUGAUCAACUCUGACAAACACAGCGUGGCAAAGUUGAGAGAAAUGAACGCUCAGACAAAAGCUGCUGUGGAAAAUUUCUGGAAGGAUCAAUUAGACGAAAUUUAUUCUGAGAAAGAUAGAAUAAUAGCUGACAAAGAAGAAGAAAUCGCAGCAAAAGAAGAGGAACUAAACCAGAAAGAGGCUGCUAUUCAGGCACUGGAGAACGAGAUUACUGAGAGCAAUGAGUAUCUGGCAGAAAUUGAGAGCACUGUUGAUGAGAUUGACGGCAAGAAAGUGAGCAGUAUAAAGGAUCUCGUACAGGAAGCUCAACCAGAUGAAGAAGAACUUACUAAGCAACAAGAAGUUGGAGAAAAAUUGAAGGCAUUUUUAAUGGAUCGCCUCCCAUUCAGCGUCAGCCGUAUUUCAGUUGUUGGAGCUGCAGGACAAGGAACUACUAUCAAAGGCAACAAGGAAUUAGAACUGGCCGUGUUUGUCAAAGAUCUUCCUAGAACUGAGCAUAAAAGUUGGUUGCCAGCCAUAGUUUUCACUAUCAAGACCCUGCUGAAACAAGAAGGAUCUAAACCAACAGAGAGCACAGAUGACAACCAAAUGACUUCAACACUGCCACCAUGUUCAGACUUUGUGACUACCUCAACAUCUGUCAAGUUCAAAUGUGAUAGUGUGGAUGUAACAAUUGACCCAAUGAAUGACUGGGAGCAAAUGGGAGGAUUCGUUGGUUUAUAUAAACAAUGCCUUUCCCAACCAGCAGAUGCUCAGCCAUUUUAUAACAUCUGCGCCUGUGAAAGACAGACAGAAUUUAUUUCUAUACAGAAUCCAAAGUGCAAGGAGCUGAUCCGUAUUGUCAAGGUGUGGAGUAACAGCGUUGCCUGGCGGAAUACCUCAUCCACACCCAGUCAGUACCUGUUGUGUCUGCUGGUGACUGCAGCUUAUCAAGUGGUUCACGAGGGAGGUGAUCAGUCCCAAGCAGUAAGAGCAGACAAAGAUGUUUUCUUGGAACUUGCUGACAUGGUUGGAGAUGAAUCUUUAGAAGUCUACUGGAAUGAAUAUUACCUGGUAGAAGACUAUCCCAGGGAAAAUUUUCCAGUUCUAUUUCAACUUCCCAUUGUUCAAGACCCUGCCAUUCCAACACAUAAUGUGGCAUCUGAUGGACUAGAGGACUGGGCACAAUUCAGGAGAGAACUGUCAAAAUGGGUUGCAAAAUUAACUCUUUGAUACACUACAUUGAUAUGUUGUAACAUCAUUCAGUUAAUAAGCUCUGUAAAUGUUUUUUGUAAGCAUAAAUCUUCAGAAAUGUAAGUUGGAAAACUGUAGUAAUGCUGAGUUGAUAUGAGAAAAAAAUGCAAAAAAUUCACCUUUGAAGGUACAUUGUAUCCUUAAGAGAUAAGAGAACAGCUGCCAUGAAGGAUAUAAUUCGCUUUAAAAAUCUUUGCCAUAGUACUUUCUUAAAUAGUGUUAGAAUAAAAACACUUAAGAGACAAUAGCUACGAUGACUAGCACUAAAAAAUAUUUUAAGUGAUUUAACCUGUGGAUUUCAUUCAAAGAUAGUUCAAUAUUUAUGAUGUAACCUAAAAAUUUACACAUUGAACAUAGGGGUAAAAACUUUAAAUAAGCAAGUAGCCAGUGACUCAGUAUUUAGUUCAAUGAAUUGCUUUUACCAUUGGUAUUUAGGGCCUUCUUCUAGUUAUUAAAUUAUUUUCUUUUUGUCAUGUGGAUGCAGAAGGAAGAAAUCUGUAAAUCAACAGCACAAACAAUUUUUUUGUUUUUAUAAAGACGUGCGUCUAUAUGAUAAAAUUGUGAUUCCUAUGUAGAUUAAGUAUCGUAAUAGUUGUGAAAUUUAACUGCCUCAUCACUAUUUUAAUUU